AUGAUUGUUUCCCUUGAGGAGGAUUCCCAUUUUGGAUCCUUUUUCUUUAAGCUGCAAAGUCUGAAAGGGGAACUAAGGGAGAAAAAGAGAUGUUUUGUCUGCUCUAUGGAUGAAAGAGGAGUCACCAUGACAACAGAAAUGCAGGAGAUCGCCAUCACAGAGGAGAAGCCUCUGCUCACGGGUCAGGCGGAUCCUGCCAAGGAUGCUGCUGAGCUGGCUGCGAGGAUACUCCUCGACCAAGGACAGGAGCACAGCGUGGAGACCCCGCACGGCGUGCUGCACGUCACGCUCCACGGCACGAGGACCACACGCAGGCCCGCCAUCCUCACCUUCCACGACGUGGGUCUGGACAGCAAGAGCUGCUUCUCCCCUCUGUUCAAGUUCGAGGAGAUGCAGGAGAUAGUCAAGAACUUCACCCUGAUUCACAUUGACGCCCCGGGCCAAGAGGACGGGGCCGCUGCCUACCCCGCGGGCUACCAGUACCCCUCCAUGGAGACCAUCGCAGAGAUGAUCCCGGCCGUGCUGCAGUUUUUCAACUUCCGCACUGUGAUCGGAGUGGGCGUGGGAGCAGGAGCCUACAUCCUCUCCAAGUUCACGCUUGCAAACCCAGAAUCAGUGGAGGGUCUGGUUCUGGUCAACAUCGACACGAACGCUCGAGGCUGGAUGGACUGGGCCGCUCAGAAGCUCAGCUCGGUGACGUCCUCCCUCACGGAGCAGAUCCUGUGUCACCUUUUCAGUCAGGAGGAGCUGUCGUCAAACACAGACGUGGUGCAGUUCCACAGAGACCGCAUCUCUAAAGCCUCCAACCUGAUCAACAUGGAGCUCUUCUGGAAGACCUACAACAGCCGCAGAGACCUGACCCUCGACCGCAACUGCACCUUCAAGUGUCCAGUGAUGCUGGUGGUGGGGGAUCAGGCUCCAUAUGAGGAGGCCGCUGUGGAGUGCAACAGCAAACUGGACCCAACAACAACCUCCUUCCUCAAGAUGGCUGACGCCGGUGGUCUCCCUCAGCUCACUCAGCCGGCCAAACUGACCGAGGCUUUCAAGUAUUUCAUCCAGGGGAUGGGCUACAUGGCGUCCUCGUGCAUGACCCGCCUCUCCCGCUCGCGCACCACCUCCCUGUCCUCCUCCUACUCCAUGGAUGGCUCCCGCUCUCGCUCCCGCACCCUGUCCCAGGGCUCGCAAGGCGGCCAGAUGCCGCCCAGCCCCUCCCAGACCAUGGAGGUGUCCUGCUGA